AUGCCUAUCGCCGAGUUUUGGAUUGCGUUCGGCACCACCGUGCUGCUGGUGGCCGGGGUCGGUGUGUGCCUGCUGCUGGACAAACGCCGAUCGCUGUGGGUUGAUCGUCGUUUUCCCGGCACCGGAAGGGCCCCGGUGCUGUGGGGCGACUAUGGGGCCACCGGAUACCUGGAGCACCGAGCGCACACCAAUCAGCGAUUGUACCGGCUUUUCAAGGCGCGAAAAUGGCCCGUUGGUGGAGCGAUCCAGUAUCUGACACCGGUCGUCAUCGUAGUGGACCAGCGCGCAAUUGACUUCGUUCUCGGUGACGAAUGCAUCAAAAUUCCCACGGUCCGUGGCAAUGGCGAGGUGAUCGCUAGCUGGACUGACUUCGAGGAGGAGCACUACGAAGCGAUGCUAAAUCUGGCCAUGGCAGAGAGUACCAACAUUGCAAGCACCGUUAGCGUUACCGGCACCGAGCUGGACGUCAAAUCGAUCGUAGAGCAGUACACGGUGCGCGUGUUGUUGCCGAUCUUUUUCGGGCUCCAAUAUGAACCGUCACUGGAGGUGGCUGUCCGGGAGAUGCUCCACGAAUGUGCACCUUCGCUACUGUGGAGCAUUCUCUCCACGGCACUUCCGGCCAUGGGCAGUACUAUGGGCAGGAUUCUCGAUCCAAACCGGCUCGCCUGUGGACGAUUGGAGGAGUUGAUGUUCUCGACGGAGCGUGAACCAAAGUCGGGUGAAAAUUUCUCGUCAUUUCUCAAACGCAAAACAACUCAAGUCGAUUGGACGGAAGCAGUGUCGUUCGACCGCAACAAACGCACGUUGCUGGAGCUGGUACGGAACGUGUUUUACAUCGCGUCGGGGACCAUUAUCGCCUGUCUGUAUGAGAUCGCUUCGAACCAAGGAGUCCAGACACGGUUGCACGAAGCGCUGCAACAUUCCACCGACUCAAUGACCGACUACCUCGAUAACGUUAUAGGCGAAACACUGCGCAAGUAUCCACCCGUCCACGAGAUCUCAUUCAGCACACUGACGAGCAACCGUUUGCCGGACUUUGAUGUGGUAAUUCCGCGAAACACUAGGGUCAUCGUUCCCACGUACGCCCUGCAUCGCGAUCCCGACCACUACCCUAGCCCACUGUGCUUCGAUCCAGAGCGUCCGGCACUGCGAGCGCCGCACGGUGCAGGCAAACCGUAUCCUUCGUUCUAUCGGCCCCUGGGUGAGAAAGCCUACGUCAACGGAUCCAAUUUCGCCCUGCUGAUGGUUCGCGUGGGACUGUCCAACAUGCUGGUGCACUGGAGGGUGGACUUGGCAGCGGGCAGUCCACGCGAGUUGGAGGUAUCGGCGGAAGGUUCUAUACCUUAUACGAGCGGGAAGGUGCGGCUGAUGAUAACGAAGCGAUAA